GACCAGGAAGUGAUUUAUCAUCGAACAAUCUAAAAAUUAAUGCGUUCGCUGAACAUUUUCGAAGAUAAAUUUAAAAGUUUAUGGCAACAGUACAACGGAACGAUUCAUACGGUGCAAGUCAUUUUCGUUUGAAACGAUUUUGACAAACAUUUCAAACGAAGAGGGACAUUUUCAACUUUGACCCCUGACGAAUUGAAUGAGUUUUCUGCAAAAUGGCAGCAUCAAUACCUUCUGCCGUGUCAGCACCCUCAUUGGGUCAAAAACGCAGGGCAUCUUUGAAGAAGAAAGAAAGAAGAAAACGAAAACGCCAAGCCCUCGCCAAAGCCCAAAUCAGAGAAUCUGGUGAAAAUCGAGAUGAUUCUCCACCAGAACAAGAUGAUGAUGAAGAGGAAAGGAAGGCUGAGGAAGAAAGACGGCGCCUAGACCAGGAGUGGCUGGAGAGGGAGAGGCUGGCCCAGCAGGAAUUCAGACUCCGGUGGGAGAGGGAAGACGCUGCAAGGAAGAGACAGGAGGAAGAGGAGGCAAGGAUAAAGCAGGAAUGGGAGGCCCAGCAGAGGAGAGAGGAAGAGGAGAAGGAGCAGAAGAAACAGGAGAAGAGAGACAGAGAGGAAGCUGUACAGAAAAUGUUGGACCAGGCUGAGAGUCAGCUGGAGAAUGGGGGUCCCUGGAGAAACCCUGAGGCUCCAGAUUUUGGUACGGAGCAAGACCGGGCUAACUGCCCCUUCUUCCUCAAAACUGGAGCCUGCCGCUUCGGCGACAGGUGCUCUCGUAAGCAUGUCCACCCCCCGUCCAGCCCUACUCUGAUGAUCCGGGGGAUGUUUGCGACUUUCGGGAUGGACCAGAGGUCACGGGACGACUACGAUACAGACGCCUGUCUGGAGCACAGCGAGGAGGAGGUACAACAGCAGUUUGUGGAUUUCUACGAGGAUGUACUUCCUGAGUUGAGGACUGCUGGCAAGGUGGUACAGUUUAAGGUCAGCUGCAACUUUGAGCCACAUUUGAGAGGAAAUGUUUAUGUCCAGUUUGACACAGAGGAGCAGUGCAGAGAGGCCUUCAUGAUGUUCAAUGGAAGAUGGUACGCUGGUAAACAGCUCCAGUGUGAGUUCUCUCCUGUCACCAGAUGGAAGACUGCUAUAUGUGGUUUGUUCGACCGACAGAAGUGUCCGAAAGGAAAGCACUGCAACUUCCUGCACGUGUACCGUAACCCUGGAAAUGAGUUCUGGGAGGCGGACAGGGACCUGCACAUGUCCCCCGACCGGGGAGGAGGAGGCACCGGGUCUUUCGCUGGGGGCCGGUUCUCUGAGAGAAGUAGCCGCUCCUCGUGGACCGAGAGGUCACAGAGCCGACGGGGGGAGAGGAGCAGGAGGAGUAGGAGCAGGGAGAGCAGAAUAGCCCAAAGGAGAGAGAGUCUUCAGAGUGACAGGUCUUGGACCAGUCGUACCAGCACGAGACCCAGGUCGAGGAGUAGGGACAGAGAAAGGAGAGACAGGAGCAGAGAUAGGAGGGACAGAGGCAGGGACAGAGACCGGCGGGAUGGGAGCAGAGACCGAGAUGGGAGCAAGAGAGAGGGGUGGAGGGGUUCACCCACAGAGGCUAGUAGGGGGAGAUCCAGAUCAGCCAGCCCUGGAGAGUCCUCUAAGAGGAAGAGACAGGGGAGCAGGAGCCCUGGAGAGUCCUCUAAGAGGAAGAGACAGGGGAGCAGGAGCCCUGGAGAGUCCUCUAAGAGGAAGAGACAGGGGAGCAGGAGCCCUGGAGAGUCCUCUAAGAGGAAGAGACAGGGGAGCAGGAGCCCUGGAGAGUCCUCUAAGAGGAAGAGACAGGGGAGCAGGAGCCCUGGAGAGUCCUCUAAGAGGAAGAGACAGGGGAGCAGGAGCCCUGGAGAGUCCUCUAAGAGGAAGAGACCGGGGAGCAGGAGCCCUGGGAAAACAUCCCAAAAAGACAAGCAGCCAGCCAACGACAGCAGCGACACAGCUCCAUCACGCCACAAACACUCCAAAAAAAGCAAAAAGAAGAAGAGCAAGAGGAGGAAACCCAAGAGGGACAAAAAGAGCCAGUCGGCUGGGGGUCAGAGUUCAUCUGCAGAGUCAGGGAAGGAGUCUUGGGACGAGGAGAAACCCUCUCCAAACCUUGUAGACAGCAGUACACGGACUCCUCAUGAGGUAGACAACACUACCCAGGAGACUGUGGAUGUAGACAACACUACCCAGGAGACUGUGGAUGUAGACAACACUACCCAGGAGACUGUGGAUGUAGACAACACUACCCAGGAGACUGUGGAUGUAGACAACACUACCCAGGAGACUGUGGAUGUAGACAACACUUCCCAGGAGACUGCUAGGGUAAAUGCCAUACUUAGUCUCAUGUUGUCUGAGUCUCUUGAUAAUGCCAAUGCAGUCACUUCAGACAUACAGACCCAGGUCAAGGAGGAGCCUGAGGAUCCCUGUCCACCUAUUGUCCCCUCUCCUAGCCCUGGGGAUGUGGACAUCGCUCAGACUCCUGGGGCCACUGACAACAGUACUCCUGAGGCAAACGCACUCUCCCCAGACCUCCAUAGUAUCUUCCUCAAGCAGGAGUAUCCCUCUCUACCCAGUGUGCCUGAAGAGGAAUGUGAACAGGAUGGACCUGAGACGCUGCCUGAUUCCCCUGACGAUGAUGACCCAUAGCGGAAUGAAAUGUGUUCUGUAUGGACUUCACCAUGACUGCUCUGGCCAUUUUGAAGUGUACACUGUUUAUGCAUUGACUGUUUUCAGUGUUCACCAAUGCACUGCUCAACCUAGCUUUCACAAAUAUUGGGUUUGUUCCAAAUGUAAGAUGUGACAAUUAAAUGUUUUUAUACAG